AUGAUUUGCCUGGUUCUGCACUGUGGUUUCCUGCUUCAUGCUAUUGAAACAUCCAUCACAGUUUAUUAUACAACCUUACCUCUUGCCAGUUCACAGGGACAUUUCCCACGUCUUGAAAAUGUGGGUGCUUCCAAGAACAUUUCCAUCAUGCCAACCCAAGCUACCUGUGGAUUGCCAGAGCGGAGUGUUUUUUGUCAAAGUUCAGCUAAUGUUGAAAGUAUUCACUCCUGUACUCAGCAGUUUUGCAUUCAGAAGUGUCCGUACAGAUCAUCUCCUGUGUCCUAUGCUGCCAUUCUCUCAGAAGGCCUGGGCAACGGUAUCAACCAAGACCAAAACGAUAUGCCUUCUGGAUCUUUUGGCAACACAUCAAGCAUUAUUUUUGAUGGUGAAAAGGGUUCCUUUUCCACUCCUCAUGCUCGGAAGCUUGCUGUUUCAUUUACUUUAACUGUGUGGUUGAAACCUGAGAAAGAAGGUGUAAUGUGUAUGGUGGAGAAAGCUGCUGAUGGGCAGACUGUGUUCAAGCUUACAAUUUCUGAGAAAGAGACAGUGUUUUAUUAUCGCACUAUAAAUGGGCUGCAGCUACCGAUAAAAGUAAUGACACUGGGGAGAAUUCUUGUGAAGAAAUGGAAUCAUCUUAGCGUGCAGGUUCAUCACAACAGAAUUAGUUUCUUUAUAAAUGGUUUGGAAGAUGAUGAUACAGCCUUUGAUUCCAGAAUUCUCACAGGGCUAAUAGCAGAUCCCUCUGUUGAUGGUAUAUGGCGAAUUGGGCAAAAUUUAAAUGGUUCAGAGCAAUUUGUUGGGAGCAUGCAAGAUUUCAGAUUGUACCAAAUGGCACUUACAAACAGAGACAUUUUUGAAGUAUGGUCUGGAAAAUUUCCUCAACUCCAUAUUCAAUCAGAAUGUCAUUGUCCUGGAAGUCACCCAAGGGUACAUCCUUUGGUUCAGAGGUACUGCAUUCCUAAUGGUGCAGAUGACACAACUAAUGACAGAGUGCUGAGACUAAACCCUGAAGCUCAUCCUUUAAGCUAUAUCAAUGAUAAUGAUAUUGGAACUUCAUGGAUUUCAUCUAUAUUUAGCACCACUGAACAUCUACGUCAUGGAGUAACCAUCACCAUUGACUUAGAAAAUGGACAGUAUCAGGUGUUUUAUGUUAUAAUCCAGUUCUUCAGCCCUCAACCUGAAGCAAUUCGAAUACAAAGAAAAAGGCAACCUGCCAUUGGCUGGGAAGACUGGCAGUACUUUGCAAGUGACUGUAGCAUGUUUGGAAUGGAGAAUAAUGGAUCACUGCAAUAUCCAGACUCUGUAAACUGCCUCCAGCUUCCUAGCCAUACCCCAUAUUCCCAUGGAAAUAUUACUUUCAGUGUUCUUACUCCAGAACCAAAUCGUAGGCCAGGAUAUAAUGAUUUCUACAAUUCACCAUCACUUCAAGAGUUUGUCAAAGUCUCAAAGGUGAAGAUUCACCUAUUUGGCCAGUAUCAUACUACCAUGCCUUGGGUUAAUUCUGGACAUAGAUACUAUGGAAUUGAUGAAAUUACAAUCAGUGGGAGAUGUAAUUGCUUUGGCCAUGCUGAUAAUUGUGACACAAGUCAGAGUCCAUACAAAUGUCUCUGCUCCAAGGAAAGCUACACAGAAGGCAAUAAUUGUGAUCGCUGUCAGCCACUGUACAAUGACAAGCCUUUCCAUCCAGGAGAUCAAGUUCAUGUUUAUAAUUGCAAACCUUGUCAAUGUUUUGGCCAUGCCAUAAGCUGUCACUACAAUAAGACAAUGGAUUACUUUCCUAAUGAAUACUAUAGAGGUGGUGGUGGAGUCUGUGAUAACUGUCAACAUAACACCUCAGGAAGAAACUGUGAGUUGUGCAAUGAUUUCUUCUAUCAGAAUGUAGGUGCAGAUCUCUCAGCUUUGGAUGUUUGUAAGCCAUGUGAGUGUUACUCAGCAGGCACCCAAAAUGGUAGUCGCCUUUGCAGUAAGAUUGGAGGCAAAUGUAAUUGCAAAAGACAUGUGUCUGGCAGACAAUGCAAUCAGUGCCAGGAAGGAUUCUACAAUCUACAAGAGUUCAACCCUUCUGGCUGCAGACCCUGUAGCUGUAAUGCCUCUGGGACAGUCGAUGGAGAUACCACCUGUCACCAAAAUUCAGGCCAGUGCAAGUGCAAAGAAAAUGUUACUGGUUUCAGGUGUGAUCAGUGCAAGCUUGGUUAUAAACUCAUCCAGAAUUUUAAGCAAGAUGGAUGUGAGCCUUGCCUGUGUAACAUCCAUGGUUCCAUGAACAAUGUCUGUAAUCCUUCCACUGGACAGUGCACUUGUAAGAAAGGGGUUAAAGGAUUUCAUUGUGAUACCUGCAUUGAUGGCUUUUAUUGGAUGGAUGCUUUUGGCUGCAAACCUUGUCAUUGUCAAAUAGCAGGAUCAGUUUCUGGUACAGUGUGUGAUCCCAGAACAGGAAAGUGUGUUUGUAAGCCUAACUUUGGUGGAAGGCAAUGUGAUGACUGCCUAAAUGGAUAUUAUAAAGAAUGGCAAAAGGAUGCCUUAUUCUGUGUGCCAUGUAACUGUGAUAACUCUGGCUCUGUAAACGGCUCUUUAGUGUGUGACAAAUUGACAGGACAGUGUCUUUGCAAAUCUGGUGUCACAGCCCUUCAGUGCAAUCAGUGCAGGCCCUCUAUGUAUAACCUUACUGCUCAAAAUAUUCUUGGCUGCAUGGCUUGUGACUGUGAUCCUCUAGGGACACUCCCAGGAACAGCAUGUGACCAGACCAGUGGACAAUGUAUUUGCCAGCCUCACCGCCAUGGAAGGAGGUGUGAAAAGUGUAAGCCAGGUUUUUAUAUUUCUACACAUAGUGUGAGUGGCUGCCUUCCUUGUUUGUGCCACCCAAGUGGCUCAGCCAGCAAUAUCUGUGACACUUUCACUGGCCAGUGUGUUUGCCAAGAUUCUUCUGUAUCUGGGAUGAGAUGCAACCAUUGCAGUGACAACUAUUUUGGAUUCAGCUCAGAAACUGGGAAAUGUCAGCAUUGUAAUUGUCAUCCUGCUGGAGCUAUUAAUUGGACUUGUCAUCCCAUUACUGGACAAUGUAUGUGUAAACAAUUUGCAGCUGGCUCAAAAUGUGACAACUGUGUUCCCAAUGCUAGUAAUUUGGAUGUCCACAACCUAUUUGGCUGCAGUAAAACUCCUUCCCAGCAGCCUCCACCACAAGGGCAGGUUCUAAAUUCUUCAGCUAUUAGACUCACUUGGAAUCCACCUGAUUCUCCAAAUUCAAACUGGCUUGCUUACAAGCUCUACAGAAAUGAGACUCAGAUCUACACAACAGAGGACUACUAUCCUUAUAGCCUCCAGGUCUUUACUGAUAGCAAUUUACUUCCGUAUGCCUUCUAUACAUACCACCUUGAAGCAAGCAAUGUUCAUGGAUCUACAAGAAGUACUAACUUGGCCUACAGAACACAGCCAGGGAUACCUCUAGGAAAUUUGCAUUUAAAUCCACUCUUUCCUGUUGGGCCAUAUUCUGUUUCUUUUAACUGGACAGCCUUAUCAAAUGACUCUGGUCCUAUAGAGAAAUAUAUUUUGACAUGCAUUUCUUCAUUGGAACUUCAGUCUUGUGGCCAGUAUGAAAGCUUGGAAACCUCUAUAACUGUCUGGAAUUUAGUUCCGUUUAAAAAAUACAGAUUUUAUGUUCAAGCAUGUACUAGUGGAGGCUGUUUGCUAAGCCAGCAGCUGUCAGUAGUUACUGCACAAGCUCCUCCUGAGGAGCAGCUGCCUCCAGUCAUACAAAGCAUCAGCUCUACUGAAUUAGCUGUAGAAUGGAUCCCACCCAGGAAAACCAAUGGUGUAAUUAUUAGGUAUGAAUUAUACAUGAAAGGAGCUCGACAAUCCAAUGGAAGUCAUGUUCCCCCUGAGAACUGUGUUUUCCAAACCAAUGGAUGGUUCAGUCUUCAUCCAGGAGAAGAAUCUGUACAUGAGGGUGCUUUGACACCACCUCAAACUAGUACUGUCAUCAGUGCUUUGGAGCCAUUCACAGACUAUGAGUUCCGUGUUUUAUCAGCCAAUAUGGCUGGCAGCACAUUUUCAAAUUGGACAAAUCAAAGAACAGCAGAGGCAGCUCCUGUAUUCAUGCCACUUCCAUCAGUAUUCCCUCUUUCACCAUAUUCUCUCAAUGUGUCUUGGGAAAAGCCACGAGAUAAUGAAGCAAGAGGAGAAGUGAUGGGGUAUAGCGUCAAUGUAAUUACCGAACAAAAAGUAUUGCCAAUGUUUUCUCAGAUUUUGUAUGUUGCUAAAGUUCAUGAGCAAUCCUAUACAGUGACUGGACUGGAACCAUACAGAAUGUACUAUUUUACCAUUACUCUCUGCAAUCGAAUCGGAUGUGUUGACAGUAAGCCAGGAAUGGGACAAACUUUAGCUGCUGCUCCAAUUCGGCUAAUUGCCCCUGACACUGAAGGAAUAAACAGCACUGUAAUAAAGAUAACUUGGUAUGAACCUGAAGAAGUUAAUGGACCUCCUCCAGUUUAUCAGCUGGAAAGAACAGAUAUAUCUUUAGCAACAUCAGAUGUAAAUGCAAGGAAGGGAACCCGCUUCCCAGGAAAUGGGUAUUACAAGUUUCCAAAUUCUGCUUUGCCUACAAACACCUAUUUUACAGGUAUUAAAAUGAGCUUUAAAACUACAGAACUUGAGGGUCUACUUUUUCUCUCCAUGUCACCUGGUAAUCAAGAAGAAUACAUUGUCCUUCAAUUGAAAAGAGGACGUCCUUACUUUCUCUUUGAUCCACAGGGUUCUGCUGUUGCAUUAACUCCAGAAAAUGAUGGUAGAAGACGAUAUAAUGAUAACAGUUGGCAUCAUAUAAUUGCAGUAAGAAAUCAAGCUUUGGGAACAAUAAUUAUAGAUGGGCAAUUCACAGGGUCCUCAUCAGCUACGAGUGGUAGUACCAUUAUAGGAGAAAAUACAGGCAUUUUUGUUGGAGGGCUUCCACAAGACUUUACAAUUCAAAGAAAAGCCAUAGUCACAGAAGGAUUUGUGGGAUGUCUCCGAGAUAUCUUCUUGCAAAAGAGGCACCAUCCCUAUGAAGUCUGGGAACCUUUAGACUGGGAAGAAGCAGUGGAACAAACAAAUGGUUAUCGCAGCUGGGAAGGUUGUCCUACUCUGCUUGAAGAAGGAGCACAUUUUCUUGGGAAAGGUUUCCUAGAACUCCAUUCAAAUAUUUUUCAUGGGGGCGUGGAUUUUGAGAUCUCCUUUAUGUUUAAAACAGAUCAAUUCAGUGGAUUACUUCUGUUCAUUUACAACAAAGAUGGGCCUGAUUACAUUGCUGCAAAACUGAAAAGUGGAAGCCUGACUUUCCUACUAAAUAAUGGCAUUGUCUCUACACAUGUGAAUCUCUGGUUAGGACUGUCUUACUGUGAUGGUAGGUGGAAUAAAAUUAUUUUGACAAAAAGAGGAUUGGUAGCUUCAGCAAGGAUGAAUGAAUGGACAGACCAUGUGAUGGAACCUGAUUUAGAGCAACUAUUUGUAAACUCUCCAGUCUACCUUGGAGGAACUCCAGUUGAAGUCCAGAAAGCCUUUAAAGAGCUGGACUUGGAGCAAGGUUUUGGUGGCUGCAUGAAGGAUGUUAAAUUUACACGAGGUGCUGUCGUUAACUUGGCAUCUGUGUCCAGCAGUGCUGUCAGAGUCAAUCUGGAUGGGUGCCUAUCAACUGACAGUGCUGUAAACUGCAGGGGGAAUGACUCCAUCUUAGUGUAUCAAGGAAAAGAGAGGAGAGUUUAUGAUAAUGGCCUGCAACCAUUUACAGAAUAUCUAUACCGGGUAAUUGCAUCUAAUGAAGGAGGAUCUGUAUCUAGUACCUGGAGUCGAAGUCGCACACGAGAAUCAGUUCCACAAAAUGUGCUGACACUCUCAAGAAUUCACAGCAUAAAUGGUUACAACAUUGAAGUUACAUGGGAUGAACCAGUUGGAGUCAAAGGUGUAAUUGAGAAGUAUAUUUUGAAAGCUUCCAGUGAAGAUGGUUCCAACAUAUCUGUUGUCAGUGCAGAGAUUUCUAAUACUGGUUCAUGUACAGGCCUGCUGACAGGUUUGCGUCCCUUUGCAAACUAUGCUGUAACCCUAAUGGCUUGCACUUUGGCAGGCUGUACCGAGAGCUCACAUGCCUUGAACAUCUCCAGUCCACAAGAAGCUCCGCAAAAUGUCCAGCCACCCACAGCUGUUUCAUUCCCCACAUCUUUAUGGUUAAGUUGGGCUCCUCCAAAAACACCAAAUGGGGUAAUAACAAAGUAUAUUGUAUAUAUGGAUGCUCAACAAAUUUAUACUGGAAAUGAAACCAAUCUUAUUGUCAAAGAUUUAAAAGCUUUUACAGCAUACCAGUUUUCUAUCUCUGCCUGCACAAUUGUUGGCUGCAAAAACAGUACCCAGGUCCCUGUGCUUACAGCGGAGCUCCCACCAAUUCAUGUGGAUGUGCCAGACCUGAUAGUUUUGGAUUCUAGAACAAUAGAAGCACAGUGGAAUGCACCAAAGGAAGUAAAAGGAAUGGUACACAGCUACAUUCUGUACAUUGCCAAAAAAGAGAAAAAUGUCAAAGUUUGGGAUGCAAGUUAUAACUCUACAGAUCUUUUUCAGAACUAUACUAUACAAGACCUUUCCCCUGGUACUGAAUACUUCAUCAAGUUAGCAGCCUGCACCAGAGGUGGAUGCACAGUAAGUGAAACUACUUCAGUAAAAACAAUGAAAACGAGCCCAGAAGGAGUUCCAGCCCCUAAAGUCCAGUCGUAUUCCUCUGACUCCUUUAACAUCUCAUGGACUAAGCCAGAGUACAUGAAUGGAUUUAUUAGUAGUUACGGAUUGUACAUGAACGGCAUUCUGGUGCAGAAUUCCUCAGAGCUGGGUUAUUAUAUUUCUGGCCUUUCUCCUUGGAGUCUUCAUGCUUUCAGAGUUCAAGCAUGUACAGCAAAAGGCUGUGCUUUGGGCCCGCUGGUAAAAGCUCGUACAACUGAAGAUGUACCUAAAGGAAACAUUGAACUGUUUGUUAUUAAUGAUGGAGCCAGAGAAGUUAAAGUGAAAUGGUUUCCUCUGUGUGAACCCAAUGGGCAGAUAACGUAUGUUGUUCUUUUCACUGGAAUCUUCUAUGCUGACAAAGCUAAUGGCAAUUACAGUAUUUUGAAUAGCACACAAAUUUUACAUAUCGGCAAAGAAGCAAAUGUCUGGGUGCCCAUUGGAGGACUAAUCCCAUUUUCAAACUACACAGUGGAAGUGAAUGCUUCUAAUAGCCGAGGUUAUGUGAUCAGUGAUCCUGUAAAAAUUGCCCUACCUGCUGGUGCUCCAGAUGGCAUGUUGCCUCCUAGGCUUUCAUCUGCUAUUCCAACCAGUCUUCAGGUUCUCUGGUCUAUACCAGUUCGCAACAAUGCUCCAGGCUUACCCAGAUACCGACUCCAAAUAAGACAUAAGAACUCCCCAGAAGAUAUUACAGAGUUGCUUUCUAAACCAACAACUUAUUUACAUCAUAUACUCAAGGAUCUGCAGCCAUACACAUCUUAUGAACUGAGGGUUAUUGCCUGUAAUGAAUAUGGUGAUACAUUCAGCAACUGGACUCUGAUAGAUACAGCCGAGGAUAAACCAGGAUCUAUUGACCCACCACUAAUCCUGGAAGUGAAAUCCAGAGCAGCAACCAUCUACUGGCAGCCUUCUUCAAAGCCAAAUGGCAUUGUCACUCACUACAACAUCUACCAAAACGGCCAGCUGCACAUUACUAUUCCAGGAGCUAGAUCAAAAUGUAUUGUAUCUUUCUUGCAACCUUAUACAGUUUAUCGAUUUCAAGUAGAAGGCUGCACUUCCAAAGGGUGCUCUCUUUCCUCUGAGGCCCCACCUAUACAGACUCUUCCAGAUGCACCUGAAGACAUCCCUGCUCCAGAACUAUACUCAGACACACCAACAUCUGUGCUAGUAUCAUGGCAAUCUCCUCUUCAUCCAAAUGGACUGGUUGAAAACUUUACAAUAGAGAGGAGAGUGAAAGGAACAGAACAAGCAUCCACAGUAGCCUCUUUGCCCUCCAAUUGUUCCAAGAGUUAUCUAGAUCAAAGUACUGGUCUUAGCCCAUGGAAGCAAUAUGAAUAUAGAAUAUCGGCAAGCACUUUUCAAGGUGGCGUUAACAGCAGUUCUUGGGUAGAAGUCAUCACCAGGCCCUCAAGACCUGCAAACAUCCAGCCUCCUAAGGUGCAAGUAUUAGGUCCAUAUACUGCCCAGGUUUCCUGGGAGUCUCCUUCCAUUUUAAAUGGAGAAAUACUAAGCUAUGAGAUCCACAUGCCAGACCCUCAAAUUACUGUAACUAACAAUUUGACAUCUUCAAUGAGCCACACAGUAACCAACCUGAUCCCUUUCACAAAUUACUCAGUCACCAUAGAAGCUUGUGCUGGAGGUGGAGGUUAUAUUGGAGGGUGCACCAAGAGCUUACCUACAUAUAUGGUUACACUUCCAACACUUCCCCAAAAUAUUAGUCCUGUGUCUGUGAUUCCGAUUAGUGAAUCAGUAAUUACUGUGUCUUGGCAACCACCAUCUAAGCCCAAUGGACCUCACAUAAGAUAUGAGCUCCUGAGACGUAAAAGCCAGCAGCCACUUGCAUCAAAUCCCCCUGAAGAUUUAAAUCUCUGGGACAAUAUUUACUCAGGAACUCAGUGGUUUUAUGAAGAUAAGGGUCUUAGCAGGUAUACAACAUAUGCGUAUAAGCUGAAAGUACAUAAUGAAGUAGGAUAUACGUCAAGUGAAGAAGUGGUUGUUACAACAUUAGCAGGGUUUCCGAAGAGAGGCAGUAAGGUUGCUGCACGGCCUCUUAACCACACAGCUGUAGAAGUGAAAUGGGCCACUCCAACCUUACAAGAUAUACAAGGAAAUAUUGAAUAUUAUUUCCUUUCCUGGAAUGACACUGCCCAAAUAAACUCCAGAAAGAUCCCUGCAAGUGAAAACAGUGCUGUUAUUGGUGAACUAUAUCCAAACACAGAGUAUCAGAUUUGGCUUCAAGCUUUCAGUGGGAUUCACAGCAUCACAAGUGAACCAGUGCAUGUGACUACAGCAGAUAGAGAGCCAGAGGGCAUGCUCCCUCCAGAGGUUGUCAUCAUCAACAGUACAGCUGUAUGUGUCAUUUGGACAUUGCCUUCAAACUCAAAUGGUGUUGUCAUGGAGUAUUCUAUUUAUGUAAAUAAUAACCGAUAUGAGACUGGAAUGAAGGUGCCUGGAUCUUUUAUUUUAGGAGAUUUGUCUCCAUUCACUAUUUAUGACAUACAGGUUGAAUCCUGUACAAGGAAUGCUUGUGUGAGAAGUAAUGGAACCCAAAUUACAACUGCAGAAGAUGAGCCUAAAGAGUUAUCACCACCAUGGAUCUAUGUCCUUGGUUCAAGGUCACUUCAGAUUAACUGGGCAUCACCAGGACAACCAAAUGGCAUUAUCUUAGGAUAUGAACUGUUGCGUAAAGCUCAGCAUCCCUGCACUGAGGCAAAGCAACUGUCAAAACAUCAACGUGAAGGAGCUUGUCUGCUUUUGGAAUGCAACACUAAUGAAAAUACAUGUGGAGGACAAUGCUGUAAUCCUCAGUUUAAGAUAUGUUGCAAUGGGAAUCUGUACAACAAUACUCCAAGUUUCCAAUGCUGUGAGGACAAGUAUCUUCCAUUUCUUCUUAAUACAUCAGUUGUUUGCUGUGGAGGUCAGAUGUAUACAGUGGAACCAGAGUAUCAGUGUUGUGGUAACUAUUCUACACGGGUAUUCACCGAAGUGUGCUGCCCAAAUGAAAACCUAAACUGGGUCUCUGUUGGAAUUGGAGACUCCUACUGCCAGGGCAUUCUUUUGUCAGGGAACCAGAUUUGUUGGUUCCCUGGUGGGUCACUGCCUGAUGGCUUCAAUCACCAAUGUUGUGGUGGGCAAAUAGAAAACAAAGACCUGAUUUGCUGUGGUACUGCAGAAGUUGGAAAAACCUAUCAACCUACAACAGGAAUGUUCUGUUGUAGACAUGAAUAUGUGAAUAUGUCAAGUACCAUAUGCUGCUCAGCUUUCAGUGGUGAGGCUAAAGCCCACAUUAAAAAGAAUAACCCAGUGCCAUUAAAAUGCUGCACAACUGAACUUAUUCCAGAGAGCGAGGAAUGUUGUAAUGGACUUGGAUAUAAUCCCCUGAAAUAUGUUUGCUCUGACAGGAUUUCAUCUGGAAUGAUGAUGAAGGUAAAAGAAGAAUGUAAAUGCAGCCUACUGUGCCCUAUAUAUAUGGAAGCACUGGCAUACUGUGGACAAUGUGGCUUUGAUGAGCAUACUUGUCUAUGUGCUUGGAUAAAGAGCCCCUGGAGUUAUACAAAAAAUAAAGAAAAUAAAAGCGUAUGCCCAUCUUUGGAGGAGAAGGUUUAUAGAGGAGGCCCAACUCAGUACUCAUUCAAAGAUCAGAACCUAGAACCUCAUGUUACAUAUGAAUACAGGAUAGCUGCAUGGAACAAACACGGGAAAGGUUUAAGUGAAAUUAAGAGUGCAACCACUAAACAAGAUGUCCCUGAAGGUAUAAGUCCACCUCAUUGGACAAAAGUGGAUAAUCGAGAAGAUGUAAUAUUUCUAACCUGGAAGGAACCUCAUCAACCAAAUGGUAUCAUCAUUUAUUAUAUAAUUUUUCGAAAUGGAGUUGAGCAUUUCAGAGGAAAGGAACUGUGCUUCUUGGACACGAGUGGUAUUCAACCAUACCAGGAAUACUCAUACCUAUUGCGUGCUUGCACUGUUGCUGGAUGUUCAGACAGUAGCACGGUAAUUGCAGUCACUGUCCAAGGAGUCCCAGAGAACGUUCAGCCACCAACAAUUAUAGCUCUAAAUGCAACAACCUUGCAUUUGAGUUGGGUGGCACCAAAGAAGCCAAAUGGUAUAAUCAGAGAAUACCACAUCCGUCAAAUUGGAAGGGGAUUUAUUCAUACUGGCCCUGCAGACCAGAUGCAACACACUGUCACAGAUCUUCAGCCUUAUGAAAACUACAACUUCACACUCACUGCAUGUACAUUUGCUGGAUGUACUACUAGUCAGACAAGUGCAGGUAGAACAUUGCAAGCUGCUCCUCAAGGGGUAUGGUCACAGCCUCGUCAUAUUAUAGUAAGCUCUAAAAUUGUGGAAUUGUAUUGGGAUGAGCCAGAAAAACCCAAUGGAAUUGUCAUUCAAUAUAGAUUGUUUUGUAACGGAGAAGAGAUUUUAAAAGGUAGUAAAGAAAAUCUGAAUUUUACCCAUUCUGCCCUGCAACCAAAUAACAGAUAUGCUUACUGGCUAGAAGCCAGUACGUGGGGUGGUAGCAAUACCAGUGAAAAAUAUAUUGUCCAGACACCAGUAACAACACCAGAGGAGAUUCGCAUACCACAUAAUAUUACAGUAAUUAAUGCAUAUUCCAUAUUUGUAGCAUGGGACAUUCCUGGCUCAUUUAAGAACAAUGUGCCUUUGGAGUACAAUAUAUUACUAGAUGCUGGCAGUACCUCCCUAUUUGUAAAACCAGUUGGGCAAUCCAACUUUGUUCUUCUGGAUGGACUUGAUCCAUGCACCCAAUAUGAAAUAAGGAUACAAGCCUGCCAGGAUGUUGGCUGUGGAGUUGGUGAACGGGCAUAUGCAACCACUGCUGAAGCCUUUCCUGAAGAUUUGAGUCCUCCUGUCAUUGCAGCCAUUGGACCAACAUCCAUAGAGGUGAAAUGGACACCACCUGAAAAACCCAAUGGAAUAAUUAGAAACUACUUUGUUUACAGACGUCCCAUGGAAACUCAAGAGGAAAUGCUUGUGUUCAUCUGGUCUGAAGGCACUUUAGAAUUUAUUGAUGCUACAGAUGCUCUUCAGCCAUUCACAGAGUAUGAAUACUGUGUCAAGGCUCAGAAUUCCAAAGGUUCUGUGGAUAGUUCAUGGUCUUCAACACAGACCCUAGAAGCUCUACCAUCAGGCAUGAAAGCUCCCUCAGCACAAGCAAUCAGCGCUCAUUCUGUGUUCCUAAAUUGGACCAGCCCUGCUUCUCCUAAUGGUGCUAUUUCUCAGUUUCAUGUUAUCUAUCAAGAGAGACAGAACGACCCAACAUUUAACACUCAGGAUACUACUGCACUAACAGUUCCAGGAGUGAGGCAUCAAACUUACUUGUUUGGUUUGAAGCCAUUUACAACAUACUAUAUUCAUAUUGUUGCUAUCAAUAGUGCUGGGCAAGUUGCCAGUCCAUGGACUUCAGUGCGCACUCUGGAAGCUUCCCCAGAUGGCCUAAGCAACUUUACAGUGGACCAGAAAGAGAAUGGCAGGGCUCUGUUACUCAGAUGGACAGAGCCUUCCAAACCCAAUGGUAACAUUAAGAUUUACAAUAUUUUCAAUGAUGGUAACCUAGAAUAUAGUGGCUUGUCUCGUCAGUUCCUCUUCAGACGUCUUGAGCCCUUCACCGUCUACACUCUCAUUCUUGAAGCUUGUACGGCAGCUGGUUGCACUCGCUCUUCACCGCAGCCAAUUUGGACAGAUGCAGCCCCCCCUGCAUCUCAAAUGGCUCCUGUAAUCCAUUUGGUGAAUGCAACCAGCAUUGAACUGAGCUGGUCUGAGCCAAUUAAUUCAAAUGGAAAAAUAAUGCGCUAUGAAGUUAUUCACAGACACACCAAAGAAAAUGCUUCAGGGGAAAAUAGAACGACAGAAGAAGAGAACAUUGUUUUCACAGAAUAUAACACUGGGAGUAAUGCAUUUGUAUAUCAUGCUCAGCAUUUGCAGCCGUGGACUACAUACGAAUAUAAAAUACGUGCCUGGAAUUCAGCCGGCUACACAGAUAGCUCUUGGUCUGCUGCAAAAACCAGCCAAGCUGCCCCAGAGGGUUUGGCUGCUCCCAUGCUAACUUAUAUCCCAGAAAAUCCCAGCAAAAUGUGGAUUUCAUGGUCAUUCCCAGAAAAAAGCAAUGGUAUUCUGCUGUCAUAUAAGCUCCAAAGAAAUGAUGUUCCCUAUCCUUUUAGCUUUGAUGCUUCAACCUUCAACUAUACUGAUGAAGACUUGAUUCCAUAUACAGAAUACCAUUAUGCAAUAACUGCUUGUACUCUGGGAGGCUGCUGCACUAGUGACCAUUCCAGAAUACGGACAUUAGAGGGAGCUCCAGCAGCAGUCAGCCCACCUACUCUAGAAGGUAUACAUUCAACCCAGAUUAAUGUAUCUUGGUCACCACCCCAAAUUCAAAAUGGUGAAAUAAUAAAGUACAUUUUAAAGCUGAAUGGUAAAGAACUAUAUGUUGGAAAGAGUUUAUUCAGGACAGUAUUGAAUCUACAACCUUACACUAAAUAUGACAUCACAUUGGUUGCCUGUACCAAUGGGGGCUGCACUGUUAGUGCAUCCCAAUCUGCCUGGACAAUGGAAGCCCCACCUCUUAACUUAGAUCCUCCCAAGUGGUUAGUGACAGAUUCAGAAUCAAUAGAAAUCACAUGGAAAGCUCCCAAUAAUCCAAAUGGUAAAAUCCAGAUUUAUGAGCUGAGGAGGAAUGGAUUGCUGGUUUAUUCAGGUCUAGAUACACACUAUAAGGACUUUAUGUUAACUGCUGGAGUAGAAUACAGCUAUACUGUCACUGCAAACAACAGCCAAGGAAGUGUUACCAGUCCAAUAACCAAGAUAAGAACCAAGCCUUCUGCCCCAUCUGGAAUGUCUUCACCUAGGUUACAUCUGUGGUCCUCACAGACCAUUUUAGUUACUUGGGAUCCUCCAGCAAAGAUCAAUGGUGACAUAAUCAAUUAUACAAUCAUUCUUUGGGAGCCUAUUAAAUCACAAAAGAAAAUGGUUUAUCUGGAUUCAUUUCAUGAUUCUUUUGGAAGACGGUCUUACAAUUUAACAGAACUAAAACCCUAUCACAGGUAUGAAGUGCAAGUGCAAGCUUGCAGUCUUCUGGGCUGCAUUUCCAGUGAAUGGGCUUCUGUACAGACUCUUGAAGCACCCCCUGAAAUACAGCCAGCUCCUUUCAUAGAUGUCCAGUCAAGUCCUGAUGGAUUCCAGACUGUUCUUUCCAUCAUGUGGACUGGUCCAAAGCAUCCAAAUGGAGACAUCUUACAUUAUGAGCUUUAUCGAAGACAGCCAUUACCCAAUCAACGCAAAGUCAGCCUUGUUUAUAAUGGUUCAUCUACUUCAUUCAAAGAUGGCACACUCCUGCCUUUUACUGAAUAUGAAUAUCAGGUUUGGUCAGUUAAUUCUGCCGGCCGAACUGCUAGCAGUUGGACAAAAGGUAUGACAGGUCCAGCCCCUCCUCAAGGACUUCCUGCCCCUUCAUUUGAAACAGUAGCUUCCACCUCUGCUGUUGUGAACAUCCGUCCUCCUCGGAAGCCAAAUGGGAUAAUCACUCUCUACAGGUUCUUCUCCAAUAACACCAAAGGAAAGGAGAAAGUGCUCUCAGAGGGAACUACCCCUCAACAAACAAUCCAUGGACUUAAACCUUUUACCACUUAUUCUAUUGGGGUUGAGGCUUGCACAUGCUUCAACUGCUGCAGCCAGGGACCAAUGGCGCAAGUUACCACACAGCCAGCUCCACCCACCCAGCAGCCUUCUCCCCAUGUACACAGCCUGACCUCAAGAAAUGCUUCUUUCCUGUGGGAUGCUCCUCGGGAACCCAACGGCAUUGUGAGAAGGUAUGAACUCCACAUGUACACAUCCUGCCUUCCCUGGUUACUGCCCAUAGAAAGAGUUUGCAAGCCUGGACCUAUUGAAGUGAGAUAUAGAGGAAAUAAUCAGCAUUCCAACGUGAGUGACCUUCAGCCUUAUACCACCUACAAGCUGAGAGUGGUGUCCUACAAUUCAGUUGGAAGCACUACUUCGGAAUGGAUCACUUUUACUACUGAAAAAGAGGUUCCUCAGUACAAAUCACCAUUUAUCAUAAUUGGAAAUUUAUCCACCAUCUUCCUGGAUUGGAGUCACACCUUCCUACUGAAUGGGCUUCUGAAGGAAUAUGUGCUAAUGGAAGCAGGGCGACUCAUCUACAGUGGCUUUGACACCAGACUGUAUUUGCCAAGGACGUCUGACAAAACUUAUUUAUUUCAGGUGACUUGCAUCACUGAUGAAGGGAGUGCUGUAACACCAGUAAUCAAAUACAACGCUGCUACUGGAUUUGGUCCUGUCUUGACAACUCCAGGAGAAGAUAACAAAGGCAACACAAAGCAAGCAAUGUUCUACACAGAGCUGUGGUUUGUGGUGCUAAUGGCGAUCCUUGCCUUGAUCCUCCUAGCAAUUUUCCUGUCUCUAAUUCUACAGAGGAAAAUAAACAAGCAGCUGUAUGCACGGGAAAGGCCUCCUUUAGUCGCAGUUCAAAAGAGAAUGUCACCAAUGAAUGUCUAUUCACAAGGAGAAACACAGAUGGGUCUGGCAGAUACAAAAAUUCCAGGACCAGCAUCCCCUCCGAGUACACACAGCAGUAGAAACAUUUCUGUCCUUCAGGUACCAAGCCAAAGCCAGAUAGAGGAUAGCUUUUCCCAAGGUUCCCUACAUCGAAGUGUCAGUCAACUCACUGAAGUAUCUGAGAAAAAAUCCUCAAUAGAAGAUGCCAUUGUUCGUGGCCAUGACAGUAGUUUGUGUGUGGAUGAUGAAGAUCUUGUGAGCACUAUCGAAAGCUUCAGUACUGUCACCAAAGAACAUACAACAUUUACAGAUACUCACUUGUAGGUUAUUUAGUACUGUUGCCACAGCAUAGGCAAGAUA